CGAGGUUACAAUCAUUUGUUUCUCGUUUUUUGUUUUGUAUUUUGGGGGUAAUUUUACAAUCAUUUGUUUACUCCAAGGUUGUCAAAAGCAAAAUCCCAACACCACGUAAAUCAGCACUGUACUUAGCAAAUAUUGAAAACCUUGACGCCAUUCAUUGUUGACGUUUUCAAAUUGCCACGUUCCCCCGGAAAACUGGAAUCGUCGCUGUCAAAACCCUUGUAAUCACGGUAAACCGCCCCCUAUAUUCCGGACCCAAACAUUGAUGGGCAACAUCAAUAUACAAACACAAAGAAGCUGAAAUUGUUGGUUUUCAUUUCGCUGAAAACUCAGCGAAGGAUCACACUCAGAUAUUCUUGUCGAAUCUUUUCAUUCUUUGUUUUAAGCUCUUCGUUUAUUCUCUUAGGAUAUCUGUUGAACACCUAAUCCCCAUUUUUUGAUUCUGUUCUUUUCACCAUAAAGUGCCUUAGAUGGUAAGUUUUUUUCCACAGAGAUACAUGGAGGAGUAUGGACUACGAAAAUUAUGACCCUUCUUUCCCCGAUCAACCUGUGGUCGAUCAGUACCUUCCCAUAUGGGCUAAGUUGCCUGCAUUCAGUUCUAAGCCAGCGUUCAUCUGGGUCAAAGGUGACUCGACCAAGGGUUCUGCUUCUACCCUUACCUAUGAACAGCUCAACAAUUCAGUGCAGUCCAUUUCUUCUAAGCUUCUUGUCCCAUUGCAGAGAGGUGACACUGUCGUCAUUCUGUGCUCCCCUGGACUCAAGCUGGUAGAAAUCAUAUUUGGGUGCCAAAGAGCUGGCCUUCUGAGUGUGCUGGAGCUGGCGGAUAUGUUGAAAUGUAGCUGUCCAGAAACCCUCAGGGGAGGAUGCCUGGCUGCAUUCUUGGCUUCAAGAAUCAUCGUUCUUGCGGCAGAGAUGCAAAAAUCUGGUGAAGUGGAUAAAAGGGUUUUGAGAAACAUAUGUGAAAGAAUCAAACAAGCUGUUUUGGAUGAAGAAAAGGUUGAACUGGGGUUGGUUGUUCUUGUAAGAAGUGGAAGAGUUCCCAAAACUACAUCAGGGAAAGUACAGCGAUGGGCUGCUAAAAUUAAGUUUUUAAGUGAUGUAAUGGAUAUGAACUUGGAUGAAAGAAGUGGCUUCUUUUCUUCAGUUGGGGCUGUGAAUAAUCAUGAAAGUAAAGGGAAAGGAGGAGGAAGAGGGAGAGGAGGAGAAGAAAAAAGAAAGGGGAAAGCUGAGGGGACAGAAGAGGCGGUUUUUUCACUUUCGAGUGAACCAAGUCGACGGCCUUCCUUGCUGUCGCCAUUGUGAGAAAGCAACAUGGUGUGGACUGUGGAGAAAAGAAUGCUUGUUUAGAUUUUGUAGCAGCCUUAAUUAUCAACAAUGGCAACCGAUGAUUGUGCCUGGAUAAGCUCAGCCCAUGGUGGAGGAAUAUUGGAGAGUUGAGAGUUCAUCAUAUUGAUCCUCUAAUUCGUCCGAUGCAAACUUCCAACAGCUGUUUGCAGCUCCCAGGGAUCAGUUAGAAUCCUUUUUGUAAUUGUAAUGUGUUGGUUGAUGUGGGUGAAAAUGUGCAAUUACGUCGUAAACUUUGUACUUUUUAAAAAAAAUUUAAAAUUUAA